CAUAUUCACCCUUGGGAUUGAUGACUAAUUGAUAGUGAACUGACGCAGGACGCGGCGGGUAGAGUCCCAAGGAUACAUACGCUGUUUGGCCAAACGCCACGAAUGCAAUCAUGUCUUGGGAGGGAUGGCUAGUCUGUGGUUCAUUUCCGUCCGUUCCUGGCAAAGCCUCGAUUUCGGCGUUAAGUCGCAGAAUGCUUACCCAAUGAGGCCAUUGGAUUUUCUCAGCUUUGCUCGCUUUUCCCCCUUCCUGCAGCCAGGAUGUCUCUCUCGGCCCACAGAUCCGACUUCCGCUGGACCCGGUCGGUGAGCCUCCGACGGCGGUGGGGGUUUCUUUUCACCACGACCACCGAACGCCCGUCUCCCCCAACAACCAGUCCCCGGCCGGCGGAAACAUCGACAGUCGGCGCUUCAGUCCGCUUUAUCCUUGUUUUCUGGCUCCUGCGCGCGAGUAUUUCUUAUCUCUUGUUGUUGGUGGAAACAUCUUCGGACAUGACUUCUUUCAAGUAUGACCAGUUUGUAGCCUUCGGGUCCGACAGCGCCGGGCUCGAGCGUAUCCUGCGCAGCCUCCAAGCACUCACCAUGAUCUUCGGCGCGUACCCAUCCCUCAUGUACCUCGUCCUCUUGGCCUCGGACUCGCCCCUCUUCGAGGCCCUCGGCCCGCUGAAGGAUCACCUGAACCUGGCGCGCCGCUUCAUCCGCUUCUUCUGGUUCCUCAACUCCUUGGGCACGUCCUACAACCUCUUCAGCUCGGCCCGGGUCGGCGGCUCCCGGGAGAGCGGAGGCGCCAUCGGCCUGGAGACCUGGCUCGACAUGGCCAGGUUCACGCUCCUCGGCCUCUACGGCGGCAUCGAGUCCCUGACGCUGCCGGACCUGCUGGGCGUCCCGCAGCUCGAGGUCUUUGGCGCGGAGCGCACGAGGGCGCUCAACCUCGAGGCGCAGCGGUUCUGGCUGCUCGCGCUGGUGUCCGGGGUGCUCGCGAACCUGGCAAAGAUGCUCAAGGCGUUCGCGCACGCGCCCGUGCCGCAGCACGGCCACGGGUACGGUACCGGCGAGCAGGCGCAGCAGAAGGCCGGGGAUGCGGCCGGGGAGAAGGCGGGCGGCGACGGCGAGGAGAAGCUCGACUGGGAGGCGGAGCGCGCCCGGCUCAGGGUCAUCGUGGCCAAGCGGCGGGAAGAGAGGAAGAGGUGGAGGAGGAACGUGGCCUUCCAGGUCAGGUCGCUGGGACGCAAGAUCGUCGCGGACUCGUUGGACUGUCUCGUCCCCGGCGCCGUCUUGGGCUGGGUGAAUGUUCAGCCGGGCACCGUCGGGGUUGCCAUGCUCAUCACGACUUUCCUGACGGGUAGGGACAUAUGGGAGAGGUGCGGCGCCGCAGUGGAGGCAAAGAGAGCUUCUUGAAAAAACAGUACGUGGGCUAGUAGAUAAAGGUUUUGUUUGCGAUACAAUGUAUAGAUGGGAUAAAGGGGUUGAGCUACCCGCUCUAGAGCCCUGAACCCCCCCCCCC